CCCAGACACUAACCCUUCCUUCUCUGGUUGUUGAGGGGUGUUGACGUGGAGCUGAGGCGGGCCUGGGGGAGGCCGGAACCCCAGGGCAGGAGACUCGAGUGCUCUCUCCCCCCUGGACUUAGUGUGGGGCCUCCAGGUGGAUUUGGGUGGGCACCCAGCCUGGCCGCCGAGCCAGGGUGGCCCAUGGCCCGGAGCGGGGUGCAAAGUGGGCGGGACCCAGCACCUUCGCCACUUGAGAAAUGACAAGAUGAAAUCGGGAAGUCACUUAGGAUCCCAGUGGCAUUUCCCCCCCCGCCCGGCCCUGCCUGCUCUCUGCACGCCUUACAUCUUGCUUGCCAAGUGUAUGUGCUGGCUCAGCUCCAGCCCGGCUCCGCUUUCCUGGGGCCCCCCGUGAUGCUCGCCCGGCACCUCGCAGGGCACAAAAUGCCUCCCCCUGGCCCAGCUGAAAAUCCUCCCGACAGCAGGAAGGAACGCUGGCCUUGCCUCAAGCCUCACGACAUGAAUUUCCCUUGUGCCUCCCUUGCUCCCUAGUCUGCCCCCUGCCCUCCCCCCGAAUUCCCCAGCGCUUGAGAUGAGGCCCCGGAUGCUGCCUGUGUUCUUUGGGGAGAGCAUCGAGGUGCACCCAGAGCCCACGCACGAGAUCCGCUGCAACUCGGAGGUCAAGUACGCCUCGGAGAAGCACUUCCGGGACAAUGUCUUCUACGCGCCGGUGCCCACGGUCACGGCCUACAGCGAGACGAUCAUGGCGGCGCCCAACUGCACGUGGCGCAGCUACCGCAGCCAGCUGACCCUGGAGCCGCGGCCCCGCGCCCUGCGCUUCCGCAGCACCACCAUCAUCUUCCCCAAGCACGCCAGGAGCACUUUCCGGACCACCCUGCACUGCAGCCUGGGCCGGCCCAGCCGCUGGUUCACGGCCAGCGUGCAGCUCCAGCUGUGCGAGCACCCCCGGCUCCUGGGGCCCGCGGCGGCGCUCUGA